AUGGCCGACGUAGUAGAAGAUGCCGGCUCCGUUUCCGAGCCCAUGGACCUCGUCCGCCUUUUGCUUGAUGAGGUUGUCUGCGUCAAGCUGAGAGGUGAUAGGGAGCUCAAGGGCCGUCUGCACGCCUACGACUCCCAUUGCAACCUUGUCCUCGGGGAAGUCGAAGAGACCAUUUACGUCGUGGAUGAUGAAGAUACCGAGGAGGAUGACCUGAAGGCCGUGUAUGUGGAGCGGCCAGUUGACGAGCACGAUUUCCGCCACCGCUACGGCAUCAAGCCCUUCUCCGGUGGCCCGCUUGGCCAGGACCGGUUGCCCAUCGGCAGGUGGAACUUGGCGCACGUGGCGGAUGAGGCGCAGUUUUGGGAAGGGGUAGAUAGGGAAGAGGAGGAGCAUUCGGAAGGGAAGGGAAAGGGAAAGGCAACGGCGGAGGGUUCUGGACAGUCAGCAGCCGAGGGUUUGUCUCAGUGGGAGUUGGACAUGGGUCGUCGUUAG